AUGGUUUUCAUUCGCGGCGAUCCUUCAGCGCUCGAGGUGGAAACGAGCUCCGAGGAGAUAGCCUCGCUGGCCGAGCGACCGACUCGCAUAGUCGGCGGCGAGGACGCCGAGAGGGGCCGACAUCCGUGGCAGGUGUCGCUGCAUUGGUUCAACAAGAAGCGCAACAUCAAGCCUCGGCACGUGUGCGGUGGCACCCUUCUGACCGCCGGAUGGGUCCUCACCGCGGGACACUGCCAGACUCUCUCGCCGAAGCGGCCGGGCGGUCAGUACCUCGUGCUGGCCGGAAAGCACGAGCUCGGCGAGGAGGAGGACACCGAGCAGCGCCGAGUCGUCUCCGAGACCUUCGUCUAUCCGGACUACGGCGGAUCGGUCGGACCCUACGACAUAGCCCUGAUGAAGCUCGAGGAGCCAUUCGAGCUGAACGAGUACAUCUCGACGGCGUCGCUGCCCUACCCGGACCAGCACCACGAGGGCGAGGCCAUACUCACGGGCUGGGGCAGCAUCGGUCGAACGCGACAGCCCGAGAGCCCCGAGGUGCUGCAGGCGGCCUCGCUGCCGCUUCUCGACUACGAGGAGUGCAAGGCCGCCCUCGACGAGAAGCUCAACAAGGAGGGCCGCAAUCCGCUGCACGAGACCAACAUCUGCACGGGGCCGCUCGACGGCUCCGCCUCGGCCUGCAAGGGUGACUCGGGUGGUCCAUUAGUGGUGAAAAACUCCUUCGACAUGGUCGAGGUGAUUGGCGUCGUCUCCUGGGGCAUCUUCCCCUGCGGCGGUAGAAAUGCCCCGUCGGUCUACACCAGAGUGUCCUCCUUCGUUUCCUGGAUCCAUCGAAUAAUGUUGAAUCAUUGA